GGGCUGUGGAGAGCUGACCCAGCCAGAGCGCCAAGGCCCACACAAGGCGAACCAGGAGCACCUCUUCCUCCAACUGCUCCUGCUGCUCACAGCAAGCAGGGAAGGCUGACGGUCUUCAUGCUUCUUCCCUGACUCCCCUAGAAUGGAUGUGUGUGGCUGGAAAGAAAUGGAGGUCGCUCUGGUCGAUUUUGAUAACUCAGAUGAAAUCCAGGAACAGCAAGACUAUGCCACAGACUUCGACCCAAGCAGCCCAAACGGCCAGCCUGGGAGCAGCCCCUUCUCCAACUGGAGUGUCCUCGUCAGCGACAGCACCAACCAUGAGACGACCUUCUCCAAGCUCCCAGGAGACUUCAUCAAUCCCCCAGGGCCUGAUCCAGUGGUUAUGAGUGAAGGAAACCAGCGGGUGAUCAUCAACAUUGCGGGGCUGAGGUUCGAGACCCAGCUCAGAACCCUCAAUCAGUUCCCAGAGACCCUUCUGGGAGAUCGGGAGAAAAGAAUGCAGUUCUUCGACUCCAUGAGAAACGAGUAUUUCUUUGACAGGAACCGGCCCAGUUUUGACGGAAUCCUAUAUUAUUACCAAUCUGGUGGGAAAAUCAGGCGCCCAGCGAAUGUCCCCAUCGAUGUCUUUGCUGAUGAGAUCACCUUCUAUGAGCUGGGGGGUGAGGCCAUGGACCAGUUCCGGGAAGAUGAAGGCUUCCUCAAAGACCCGGAAACACCGCUCCCCACCAAUGACUUUCACCGGCAGUUCUGGCUCCUCUUUGAGUACCCCGAGAGCUCCAGUGCUGCCCGUGGCGUGGCCACGGUCUCGGUGUUGGUGGUGAUCAUCUCUAUCACCAUCUUCUGCCUGGAGACACUCCCCGAGUUCCGGGACGAUAGGGACCUGAAGGUGAUGAGAGACCCCAGCUACAACACGAGCAAGACCGUCCUCACCCACACCAUGUUCACUGACCCUUUCUUCAUGGUGGAGUCCACCUGCAUCGUGUGGUUCACCUUCGAACUGGUGCUCCGGUUCGUGGUCUGCCCCAGCAAGACUGACUUCUUCAAGAACAUCAUGAACAUUAUCGACAUCAUCUCCAUCAUCCCCUACUUUGCAACCGUCAUCACAGAGCUGGUCCAGGAGACGGAGUCGAGCACCCAGCAGAACAUGUCCCUGGCCACCCUGAGGAUCAUCCGGCUGGUGCGGGUCUUCCGCAUCUUCAAGCUCUCCCGCCAUUCCAAGGGGCUGCAGAUCCUGGGGCAGACGCUGAAGGCUUCCAUGCAGGAGCUGGGGCUGCUCAUCUUCUUCCUCUUCGUUGGUGUCAUCCUCUUCUCCAGUGCCGUCUACUUUGCUGAGGUGGACGAGCCAGAGUCCCAUUUCUCUAGCAUUCCUGAUGGCUUCUGGUGGGCAGUGGUCACCAUGACAACUGUGGGCUACGGGGACAUGUGCCCGACCACCGCAGGGGGGAAGAUUGUGGGCAUUCUGUGUGCCAUCGCAGGGGUCCUUACCAUUGCCCUCCCUGUGCCUGUCAUUGUCUCCAACUUUAACUACUUCUACCAUCGGGAGACUGAGAAUGAGGAGAAGCAAAACAUCCCAAGAGAAAUCAACAGAAUCCUCAAAAGUACGGAUUCAAGAACGGGCAGCACAGACUCUCUUAAUAAAACCAAUGGUGGCUGCUCUGCAGAGAAGUCCAGGAAGUGAUCUGUCCAGGGCUCCUCGACUUCCAGUGACUCUCUCCCCUUCUCCCUCCUCCACCUUUCUCUCUCUCCCCCUCCCCCUGCCUCUUGCUCUCUGUUUUUCCAAAGACCAAAAUUUAUCUUUUGUGACCAACAGGACAUCUUUGGCUGCAAGCUGUUUUAAUAAACUCGUACUCUUGCUGUAUUCUCUAAGCUGUUUCCUUUCAACUGACGACAGGAAGACUUCACUCUCCUUUCCUAGUUCAGGUCCUUGCAACUCACC